AUGCUCCUGCAAUCGGUCCUUCCAGCGCUGUGCCUUUUUCUCGGUGUCGCAUCUGCCAAAUCACACCCAACGGUCUAUAUGAUUCGACAUGGCGAGAAGCCUCAGAAUCCAGACGAACAUGGUCUAAGCUCAGAUGGGGUCAAGCGGGCACAGUGUCUGAGGCAUGUUUUUGGCCAAGGCUCAGAGUAUGACAUCGGGCAUAUUAUGGCACCUCAUGUGAAAAAGAAUGGCGCGCAUGGACGUUCGUUUAAAACUGUUCUACCGCUUGCCAACGAUCUCGGUCUGACAGUUGACACGCAUUGCAAACGGAAACAAGCGAAAUGUGUGGCUAGGGCGAUCAGGUCCUAUGACGGACCGGGCAACAUUUUGAUCGCAUGGCGGCACAAGAAUAUGGGUGAGAUUGAGGAGGAGCUUGGUGCUCUUGAUCCAAUUAAAUAUCCAAAAGAGCGGGAAAAGAUCAUGGAUGAUAUCGAGGAACGGCUGCGCAGCCAUGCGCAGGCAUUUGACGGUCUACUGUCUUUGAUCCCCGCCAAAUACUAUUAUGGCGAAGAAGAUACAAGUGAUCAAUGGCAACGCAAAAAGCAAACCAAAGAACAGGCACGCGAGGCAAAGCGGGCGAAGCUGAACCCUGAAGCCGCUAAGACCGCCAAAGAUGUGAUGGAUGAAAACGCACGCAAGCGAAAGCGGGAGGACGGCACCCUCGAGUCCGACUCGUCCGACGGAGAGUUGGGCACAGAGACCCCCAGGGAAGGACUGCAACGCGGAACCGCCAACAUCAAGAAGCAAAAGCAGGUCGACAAGACUGAUAAGCCAGACGCUGCCAAGACAGCAGAGGCCGAGGCACGGAAAAAGCAAAAGGAAGAGAAGAAGGCCCAGAAGAAGGCUGCCCAGAUGGAGAAAAAGAAGGCUAAGGAUGCUGCCCGGAAGGAGAAAGCUCAGCAGAUCAAAAAGCCAUCGACUACCCCAACUGAGGGUUCUGAAAAAUCUGCACCCAAGCCUAACGGCAAUGCAGCCAAGGACACCGAAGCUUCCGAGGGUGAAGAGGAUGAUGACCAAGAAGAUGACGGUGUUGUCGAGGAAGGCUUCUCCGUUGAGUUCCACGUUGAACAGGAAACCCCUUCUUCUGUCCCAUCUACCACCGACUCUCCUAGCCUCGAUGCCUCAAAUCCCCAAUCCGGCUCUUCCUCCACUUCCUCCAUCGUUCCUCCUUCCGCCUCCACCGAAGCCAAAUCCUCAGAGCCCAAACCUCUCAAGCACACACCCGAAGAGCUGAAACAGCGUCUACAGAAGCGUCUGGAUGAACUCCGGGCCAAACGCCACGCUGAUGGACUCAAUGGCAAGCCUGCACGCAACCGCCAAGAGCUGAUCGAAGCCCGCCGGCAAAAGGCCGAGCAAAGAAAAGCACACAAGAAAGAACUGCGCGAAAAGGCCAAGGUUGAGGAAGAAAAGAAGAAUGACGAGGCCAUGGCCCGCCGCUUCUCGCCCGGUGGCUCUGGAUCUCUCCUGGCAUCACCCCGCUCCCCUGCCGAGUCUGUCAGCUCCAACAACAAUUUCUCCUUCGGCCGUGUGAUGUUUGCAGACGGCCAGCAGACAGACGCCACCGGAACCAGCGUGCGCGACAAGCCGAAGACCAGCGGUGCCCGUGACCCGGGCUCCCAGCUCAAGGCUGCCGAGGCCAAGAAAGCCCGCCUCGAAGAGAUGGACCCUACCAAGCGUGCCGAAAUUGAAGAAAAGGACCUUUGGUUGAAUGCCAAGAAGCGCGCUCACGGCGAGCGUGUCCGCGACGAUACCUCUCUACUGAAGAAGGCCCUCAAGCGCAAGGAGUCAGCGAAGAAGAAGUCCGAGCGCGAGUGGGGAGACCGCAUGGACGCCGUCGCCAAAUUCAGGGGAGAGCGCCAGAACAAGCGUGAGGAGAACCUUCGCAAGCGCCGGGAGGAGAAGGGCACCAAGGGAAAGAAGAAGUCCAGCAGCGGUGGAAAGAAGAAGGCUGCUCGUCCUGGAUUCGAGGGCAGCUUCAAGGGUGGUGGCAAGAAGAAAUGA